AUGUUCGGUCGCUACUCCCUUGAUCAGUUCUCCUUUAUGGCCGAUGCCACCAACAAGGAUACCGGUAAGAAACUCACCUUCACCAUCAACGGAGACAUGACGAGCUUCACCGUUUGCUUCCAAGAUCACGAGGAAGAGGAGGCAGUGGAGGCCACCCAAGUUGUUCCAUCCGUUGCUGUUGCCGAGCCUCUCCCUUCCACGGUCGCUUCCACGACGGCUGCUGCGGACUUUUUGGAGUCGGAAGAAUCAGAAUAUUCAGAGGAAGAAGACGAUGAGUUUGAUGCCGGCGUCAUGGAACAGGAAGUGGACUUUCUUACAGACGGCUUGAACGCUAGUGUCAACAUCCUAGAUACCACCGAUUCCAGUUCUGAUUAUGAUGAAGUUGGCGGAUUUUCACAAGAGCAGUUCUUCGCUCCUAUCAAGUCGAAGACUACCAAGAAGCCCAACAACAAGAAGCCCGCUGCCAUCAAGAGUCUCCCUCCCCGCAAGCAGCCCUCCCGUCGUGGCAAGAAAUAG